AUGGCAAGUGAUCCAAUUACCAUUCUGCGCAUUAAGCGUAAACGAACAGAGGAGCCUCUUGAAGCUUUAUUACUUCAACAACAAAAUGAAGAAAAACGGUUAAAACGAAGCAAUGAGGAUACAAGUGUAUUAAAAGUAUCAGCAACUGCGCUUCCAACUAUAUUUCGUCUAGCAGAGACAGUAGAAGAAGCGAGCUUUUCAAACUUGGAUGAAGCUCGAAAACUAAAAGAUCGUAUCUCUAGACGUAUUCAACCUGGAUUGAGUAGACCACAGACGCCGACGUCCAUUGAGGAAAGGAAAGAACAGUUGAUGCAAAAGCAAAGUGAUGUAUCCAAAAAGGCAAGAUAUAGAGUUAUCAGUCAAAAUAGAGCAAAGGCAAUAGAAAACAUGCCACCGGUUGUACAAAGUUCAUCCGAAAAGGCAGCAGAAGAUCUAUUUCAGAUGUAUGAAGCAGUAAGAGAUGAUGAGACGACUGCUAAACAACCAAAGUUAAUCUUGGAUGAGGAUACAGAGGAUGUAGAUGACAUUAUGUGCAAUUUUAUACCCAUGAUUAAGGAAUAUUUGACAUUGAAUGAUCGAGAACAGAAACAAGAUGAUGAAGAUGAUUAUGUUUAUGACGUUUAUUACAGAGAUGAUCAAGAACCCAAUGCUCUUAAUGUCAAUAAUGUUGGAUCCCUCGUCUGGUUUGAUAAUACAACAGAGUAUAUGGAUGAUAAUGACACUGAGAGUGAGAUGGGUGAUGUUGGUGAUGAAGAUUCUAAUGCUGAAGACUAUUAUCAGAAUGAUUAUCCAGAUGAAGAGGAUGAUCACGAUGACCACGAUGAAUUUGAAGAACAAUACGGAUAUGACCUUUCUUCAGAUGACGAAGACUAUUCUUUAUAGAUACAAAAGUUUCUUAAUAAACAUAAUCGCAUUUUGCUAAUUUUUUAGUUGAUAUACUCCUAUUUUAAUAUUUACGCGUAAAUAGUAAACAUGUAAAGAGCCACAUACUAAGGCUAUCACCUUACUGUCGCACACACUCGAAC